UAUGUGUUGUGUUGGAGCAGGCGAAAGAAACAGCAGGUUCGGCUCAUCUCAGCUUCUCAUUUUUUACCAUCACAGAGAGAGAGAGAGAGAGAGAGAGAUCAAAUGGGGCAAAUAACUAGUAUAACUAUGUGAUUGAUAGCAAAAGUCGGAGAAGGUGCACACAAAAAGGAGGUUUUUCUUGUUCACGGUGACAGAAGACUAAAAGGCACCCAUCUGCAAGAGUCAAAGAAGAAACUAAACUAAAUAAGAAAAUGAGCUGCUGCUUGGAAAAGAAUGCUAACAGAAAUACACUGGUGGUGGCAUUGGAGCUAACAGGACUUUUUCUCAGAUGGCAGAGUGAGAGAGAAGUCUGAUAAUUAAUAUCCUUCUUCAAUCUUCCUGUUUAUUUCCCCCCUCAACACUCUCUGUUUCUACCUAGGAAGCAAACAACCUUUGAGAGUUUGGGCCAUGGAGCUGUUUUUGGGCAAAGUUCUGGUGAAGAACAACUGGGACCGCAAUGAGCUGGACACGGAACGUGAGAUCACCAUGAAGCUGCAGAACCGGAUCCUCAUGCUGUUCUUCGGCUCGUGGGACUGUGAGCGCUGCCAGGACUUCGUCCCGACCCUCAAGGACUUCUACAAGCGUCUGAUGGACUCGUUCUACAUGGAGCGGCCAUCCCAGCUCGUACUGAUCUAUGUGUCACUGGACGACUCUGAGGUUCUGCAGGAGAAGCUGCUGAAGAAACUGCCUAAGUGGUGCCUAUUUCUGCAUCACGACGACCCCUAUAGGAAGGAGCUGGGUGUGAAGUUCGAGGUGCAUGAGACUCCCACGGUGGUGGUGCUUCGUCCGGACGGUUCCUUGCUGCUGCCGAACGCCGUCUCUGAGAUCUGCGAGCUCGGGCCCGACUGCUUCCGUCAGUGGCAGGAGGCGGCGCAGGUCAUCGACCGCAACUUCGAGAUGCACGUGGAGUUCGACGACAAGAAGAUGCGCAGCGUCACCGACCCGAUCCGCAAGCUCAAGUACAAGGUGGAGAAGAAGAAGAAGUGGCGGUGGUUCCUGGGCGGACGGGGAGGCCGUGACGAAGAUGAGGAUGAGGAAGAUCAAAAUGGGGACUUGCAUGACAAUGGAGAUUUCAAAGGGCCCUGGGACUAAGUACAACGUUUGGGGAAAGACAGGGGCCGAUCACUUACAUCUUUUUGUUGCUUUUUUUAGUCUAUAUUUCGGUUACUUGAAUUUUAAGUGGCGGGUUAACUUUCAAAGGAAAAACCCUACGGUAACAAAAGGAAGAGGAUUUACGAGGUUAAAUGCCGUGGGUACUGGACAUAUGGUACACACAGUGGACAUGUAUAAAUGUUACAUGAAUUUGACAGCUCUGUCCAAAUCACAGAGACCACACAAAGCCUAAUGCACGUGGUAUCGCAAGAAUGUCUCCAAAUCUGUCUGUGUAUUAAAUCCAACAAGAUACAAAGAAAUGAUAUAGGCUAUUUUAUUGAAAAUACAAUACAACAAAAAUGAAAUACAACAUUCGUAUAAUAGGCCAAGCUCACUGACCUGACACCUUAGAUGAAAUUUGAGGUGGUAAUGCAGUGGAAAGUUAAGAGGGUAGUGUUCAUCUGCAGGGGUUGGUGAAUGAGAGAGAGAGAGAAGAAGAAGAAGAAGAAGAAGGAGUUGAUGUCAAAGUCAGAGUUCAGGCUGGUUAGUGUUGAGCUUACUGAUUAUGUAAGGCUGCUUCUUCUGCAAAACACAUCAUGAGUCUGCCAUUCUGACAAAGUAUGGAUAAGUAGAAUCAGUAGAUCUACAUUUGCAGAAAUGUCGGUCUCACAUUACUGCUGCUUUUGUUAUUUUUGUAAUACUUUAUAUAUCAUUUUUACUUUACUAUGUAUGCUGUAAGGUUAAUGUCAUGAUGCUGUC